AAUGCAGUCCGUUCUCAACUUGGGUAAAACUACAGUAACCACCUGCACAUUUCUUCGUGCAGCAAGUACAAGUCUACAGGGUAAAGGACCACUAAAGACAAAUUGGAAAGAGAAUGUGGUAUAUCUUUAUCAAUUUCCACGUCCAGCUAAUCGUCAACCGAAUCUAUCGCCGUAUUGUCUGAAAAUUGAAACAUUUUUGAGAGCGAAUCGUAUUAAGCAUGAGGUCGUUGGAACGUGGCUUACACUUCGUCAAUCUCCACGAGGACUUCUACCAUUCAUUGAGCUCAAUGGACAACAAAUUUCGGAUUCUCAAGUUAUCGUAUGGAAACUUCAGAAACACUUUGAUCUCGAUGACAAGCUUGAAGGAUCGGAUAGAGGAACGGCUCGAGCUGUGGAAAGAAUGAUUGAUUUGUCAACUAAUUAUGCUCUUCUCGUCGACAAAACUGUGAACAAUGCUCAUCUUCUUCUUGCAAGACAAGUCAGCAAUCUUCCACUUCCAUCUUUCCUCACCAACUACCUUGCCAAAGGAUUCAGUCAGACUGCUCGUAAACGUGUGAAUGGAGUUCUCGGAAAACUGGAUGUGGCCGAGCAAAAAGAACUGCUCAGACGAGAUAUUCGAGCAAUCGAUGAUAUUUUGGGCGACAAAAAGUUCUUGUUUGGUGACAGAAUCACUUCGGUUGAUUGUUCCGUAUUCGGACAAAUCGGUGCCGUAUUCUACCUCCCGUAUCGUCAACAAAUCAGCGAUCUUCUUGAAGACGAUUUUCCACGUGUACGUGCCUACUGUGACCGUAUCCGUCAACACUAUUAUCCCGAGUGGAGAGACGAUUGAAUACAAGAAGAUGUGUUGUAGACGACUGAUUUUUUGUAGGAAUUAAAUGAGAUAAUUUUGUAUGUAUGUCUUUAUAUUCAACGACUUUCAUUUUAACGUUUAAUUGAAAAAAGUAAAUGAAAAAAGCAUUAAUAAAAGAACAGCUAAAAC